AUGAACGACGCCCUCAUAGCUUCACAAGCUAUCGACAAAGGCGAACCACCUCUAUCAGCUGCCCCGCGGCCGAUUCAUCACCAUUUGACGGAGCUCCAGCGUAAUCGUCGCUUGAACAAUCGCUCAGCUCCACCGAGCUCUCUCGAUCGAUCGAAACAGACCGGCAACCAACGGCUUGACACUAUGGGUGGCGGCAGAGAACUCAAGAGCAAGAGCGAAUACCCAGCUCUUGCCCAGCGUCCUGUUGGACAAUGGAUCUCUAAUAUCUACAAGGAGAGAAUUAACCAGUUCUACUCCAGCGGACAAUAUGAGAAGCACAACCUCCUGGCGAUGAUGACGGAGGGCACCGCAUCGGGCGAGCCUCACGUCAAACUCUCCGUUUGGGACGCCCCCGAUACCACCCGGCCGACCUUCGAGGAUGCUGUAUCGCACGAGUUCAAAAAGACCGAGGUUGGAGCCUGGUUUGGCCCGUCUUGGUCAACCCACUGGUUCAAGGUCGUCCUGACCGUGCCAAAGGAGCUGCGUGACAAGGACUUACUCGAAUUACACUGGGACGCCAACAACGAGGGCUUGGUCUGGACCGAAGAUGGCAAACCCCUCCAGGGCCUCACCGGAGGUGGUGAGCGUACCGAAUGGAUCUUGCCCAAGGAGUUCAGAGACGGCAAGGAGCACACAAUUUACAUCGAAAUGGCCUGCAAUGGCAUGUUCGGCAACGCCCCAGGCGGAGACUCCAUUCAGCCCCCGGAACCUAACAAGUACUUCCAGCUCGGCCAAGCUGACAUCGUCGCCGUCAAUCCGGAGGCGCGAGCUCUCUGGAUCGACAUUUGGAUCAUUGGUGAUGCUGCUCGCGAAUUCCCCAAAGAGUCUUGGGAGCAGCACAAGGCCCUCAAGGUUGCCACAGACAUGAUCGACGCCUUUGAGCUCGGCAACAAAGACUCCAUACUCAAGUGCAGAAAGAUCGCCCAGGAGUACUUGGGUCCCGACGUCGACUCUCACAAGGUUUACAGCACAGACAAGGACCCUCAGGUCUACGGCAUUGGUCACUGUCACAUUGACAGCUGCUGGCUGUGGCCAUGGGCAGAGACGAAGCGCAAGGUCGUCAGGUCUUGGUCUAACCAGUGUGACCUGAUGGAUCGCUACCCUGAAUUGAACUUUGCCUGCUCGCAGGCUCAGCAAUACAAGUGGCUGAAGGAGUUGUACCCUUAUACCUUCGAUCGCGUGAAGACCAAGGUGAAGGAGGGAAGAUUCCACCCAAUCGGCGGCAGCUGGGUCGAGCACGACACCAACAUGCCCAGCGGUGAAUCCUUGGUCAGGCAGUUCUUGUAUGGCCAGCGAUUCUUCGAAAGCAACUUUGGAGAGCGUUGCCAGACUUUCUGGCUGCCUGACACGUUUGGAUACUCUGCUCAGCUUCCGCAGCUGUGCCGCCUCGCAGGCAUGAACCGCUUCUUGACCCAGAAGCUUAGCUGGAACAACAUCAACAACUUUCCCCACACUACUUUCAACUGGGUUGCCCUUGACGGCAGCCAGGUCAUCUGCCAUAUGCCACCUUCGGAGACUUACACAGCCGAGGCACACUUUGGCGACGUCAAGCGAAGUGUUAGCCAGCACAAGUCCAUGGACCAAGAUCACACGUCAUUGCUCGUUUUUGGCAAAGGCGACGGUGGUGGCGGGCCAACUUGGCAGCACCUGGAGAAGCUUCGUCGAUGCCGUGGUAUUUCCGACCAAGUCGGCCUGCUGCCUAGAGUGCACAUGGGAAAGACUGUUGAUGAUUUCUUCGAUAAGCUGGAGCCCAAGGCCAAGACGUUCGUCACUUGGUACGGAGAGCUCUACUUUGAGCUUCAUCGCGGUACCUACACUACUCAGGCUAACAACAAGUUGAACAACCGUAAAUCCGAGUCUCUUCUCAGGGAUGUCGAGUUGUUGGCCACUAUCGCUACUCUUAGCGACAAUGUCAAGGACUACAAGUACCCAAAGAAGGAGAUUGACGACAUGUGGGAGGCUGUCCUACUCUGCCAGUUCCAUGACUGUCUGCCAGGCAGCUCCAUUGAGAUGUGCUACGAUGAUUCCGACGAGCUGUACGAAAUGGUAUUCAAGACCGGCGAAAAGCUCUUGAAGGAGAUCCACGACGUGUUGGGAGUUUCUGCCACCGCUACUGGUCGCCUGGGUGAGACCAUGGCGUUGAACACACUUCCCUGGCACCGCAGGGAGGUCGUUGAGAUCUCCGAGACCGAGGCUGGUGUCGCUUGCGGUGAUGGUCAAAUGAUCACUAUCCGCCCCUUCAAGGUUUCGGAGGAGAAGCCUGCAGUUACGAUCGAGGAGGUCAGCGAUGGCGUCUUCGUGUUGCAGAACGAUCAACUCCGCGUGAAGGUCGAGAAUGGAUACAUCACCUCUCUGUAUGAUCGCGUUGCUGAACGCGAGGUCAUCGAAAAGGGCGGCAAGGCGAAUCAGUACGUCGUCUUUGACGACAAGCCUUUGUACUGGCAAGCUUGGGAUGUUGAAGUCUACCACUUGGAUACGAGAAAGGAGCUUACUUGCGGCAAGACAUCCAUCUCGGAGCAGAAGGCCCAUCGUGUCAGCCUGACAACUGAGGUCAAGAUCAGCGAGGAAAGUUCACUUCGAUCUACCAUUACUCUUUCGGCCGCUCUCAAGGGUGUCCAAUCGUGGGUCGAGUGCCACGCUGAAGUCGACUGGAACGAGACCAUGAAGUUCCUGAAAGUCGAGUUCCCUGUCGACGUCAGAAACACCGAGGCAUCGUAUGAGUCGGCGUAUGGAAUCGUCAAACGCCCUACUCACUACAACACAAGCUGGGACAUGGCCAAGUUUGAGGUUUGUUGCCACCGUUUCGCUGACUUGUCUGAGCACAACUAUGGUGUCUCUAUCCUCAACGACAGCAAGUACGGUUUCGCUACUGUUGGCAAUCUCAUGCGUCUCUCACUUCUCCGAGCACCAAAGGCUCCCGAUGCUCAUGCGGAUAUGGGCACUCAUCAAAUUCGCUGGGCCAUCUUCCCUCACGAGGGAACCCUGGGUUCAUCGACCGUGCGCGCCGCCUACGCUUUCAACAACCCUUUGAGGCUGCUUUCGGCCCCCAGUGCUGCCCAGGCCACCUUGUCCAAGAGCCCCGUCACCUUGACUGGCGAUGGUUCUUUGGUGCUUGACACCGUCAAGCGUGGCGAGGACGAUGAAGAUGUCACCCGCGGCGAUCUUCCCAAGCGCAAGGGUCGCAACGUUAUCCUGCGCGUGUACGACAGUCUUGGUGGACAGAGCAAGGGCACCAUUGAGACGACUUGGGAUGUCAAGCGCGUCUACAAGUGCAACUUGCUCGAGGACGACAUUGAGGAGAUCAAGAUUGACGGUGGAAAGUUCAACAUCACUUUGCGACCAUUUGAGAUCGCGUCGUAUCGCCUGGAGUUGUAG